CCAUGUUUCUUCUUCUUCUUCUUCUUCAUUCUGUCUUUCAACGACAAGACAUUGAAAUUGGAAGAGGGGAGGGAAUCAAAGUUAACACAUUUUAUCUAACCCUAUUCCCCUUUUCCACGCAACUCUGAUUUUGGAUUAUUUUUUUUCCUUAUAAAUAAAUAAUAAAAAAAGAAAACACAAAUAUUUGUGGGCAUACUUGUAAUUUCAUCCGAUAAUGCUUUCCUCACUCUCUCCUCCGUUGCGCGCCUUCUCUCUUCGCUUCACAAUCAAAAAUCAAUCGCUCCCCUUCUCCAUGUUUUGCCGUACACACCGCCACUUUUCCCUCUCUUUCUCCUCACUCUCCCCUUUUCUCGCCUGACCGCCCUUCCCUCUCCGUCGCCGGAAAGCUCUGUCCAGUCCAGUCCACUUCAGCCUCUCCCUUCACUUCAUGUUUUGCAUGUUGAGUUGGAUCAUGGUCUGUGUUGGCUACUGUUGUCUCUGUGAAUGUUCACCAGUUUCCUCUUCUUUGAAAGAUGUGACUUGCUAUUGCUUUACUUUUUAGCCUAUGGACAGUGGGAUUUCGUUCUUCUUGUUCAAGCUCUUGUGUAUUGGCAUGGAAAAGAUAAGUUUGUUAAAGAAUGUGACCAGUAAAUAUUCUCCAUAUAUCACUCUCACGAUUUUAAAACGCCUUUUGUUGGAAAGACAGGGUGAUGUAAUGGAUAUGUCGGAGGCAGUUAUAGUAAAAUCUAGCAGAUUGAAAUCCGUUGUGUGGAACGAUUUUGAUAGAAUAAAAAAGGGUGACACCUUUGUUGCUGUCUGUAGGCAUUGUAAGAAGAAACUCAGUGGAUCGAGUACCAGUGGGACUUCUCAUUUGAGGAAUCACUUAAUUAGGUGUCAGAGAAGAUCUAAUCAGUUUAUUUCUUCAUCCAGGGAAAAGAAAAAGGAAGCAACUCUGGCUAUUACUAACUAUGUUGAUCCGGGGCAGAAGAAGGAUGAUGUACUCAAUCUUGUCAAUAUUGGAUUUAAUCCAGAGAAGUUGAAAGAGGAAACAAGUAAUACUCUGAGUUACAAUUUUGAUCAGCGACGAAGUUGCUUUGAUCUCGCACGUAUGAUCAUCUUGCACGGUUAUCCAUUGGCCAUGGUUGAGCAUGUUGGGUUCAGAGUAUUUGUUAAAAAUCUGCAUCCCUUGUUCGAACUUGUAACAUGCAAUAAAGUUGAAACUGAUUGUUUGGAGAUAUAUGCCAAAGAGAAACAAAAAGUGAAUGAGUUAUUGGAUAAAUUGCCUGGUAAAGUUAGUCUCAGCGCUGAUAUGUGGACUGCCUCAGAUCAUCAGGAAUCGGCAUACCUGUGUCUUACAGCCCACUAUAUUGAUGAGUCCUGGCAGUUAAAUAAGAAGGUUUUGAACUUUAUGUUUGUUGAUCCUUCUCACACUGAAGAUUUGCAUUCAGAGACCAUCAUGACAUGUCUUAUGGAUUGGGAUAUCGAUCGGAAGUUAUUUUCAAUGACAUUUGAUUGUUCCUCUACCAGUGACUAUAUAUCAUUACGAAUCAGAGACAGACUAUCACAGAACAGGUUCCUGUAUUGUAAUGGUCAAUUAUUUGAUGUCAGCUGUGCGGUAGAUCUUCUCAAUUUGAUGGCUCAAGAUGCUUUGGAAGCAUUGUGCAGUAUUCUCCCUAAAAUUCGUGAUAGUAUUCAAUACAUUAAACAGUCUCGAGAAGUGCAAGCUAAGUUCAAUGAUAUGGCCGAACAAGGUAAAGUUCAGAGCCAAAAAGUUGUAUCUCUGGACAAUCCAGCUCAGUGGAACUCGACUUAUGCGAUGCUUGGAGCGGCUAUGGAAUAUCGAGAAGCAUUUUCCCGUUUGCAGGAAAGUGAGGUUGGCUACACAGCAUGCCCAACUGAAGAAGAGUGGUCUAGGACUUGUACAAUCACUGGGUUUCUGAAGUUCUUUUUUGAAGUAACUAAUGUUUUAACGAAGAGCAAUUUUCCAACUGCAAAUAUAUUUUUCCCCGAGCUCUGUGAUGUGCACUUGCAGUUGAUGGAAUGGUUCAAGAAUUCAGAUGAUUAUAUCAAGGCCUUGGCAUUCAAGAUGCGCACCAAGUUUGAAGAAUAUUGGGAUAAGUGUGGAUUGGCUCUAGCGGUUUCUGCCAUUUUAGAUCCUCGAUUCAAAAUGAAACUAGUAGAGUAUUACUAUCCACAGAUAUAUGGGGUUGUUGCUCUACAGAGGAUUGAUGAUGUUAUGAACUGCGUGAAGGCGCUUUACAAUGAACAUAUGAUCUGCUCGCCAUUAGCUUCAAUGGAUGAAGGUCUUGCCUGGCAAGUUGGGAGUAGUUCUGGGAAGGAUGGAAGGGAUAGAUUGAUGGGGUUUGACAAAUUUCUGCAUGAAGCCUCGGAGAGUGAAGGCAGUAAGUCAGAUUUGGAGAAGUACCUUGAGGAGCCUUUGUUUCCUCGUAAUGCCGAUUUCAAUGUGUUGAACUGGUGGAAAGUUCACAGUCCUAGAUAUCCAAUUUUGUCCAUAAUGGCUCGUAAUGUGUUGGGGAUUCCGAUGUCAAAGGUUGCAUCAGAUUGUGCAUUCAGGACUGGAAGAAGAGUGGUUGAUCGAGAGUGGAGUUCAUUGAAACCAGCUACGAUUGAAGCAUUGGUAUGUUCACAGGAUUGGAUACGGAGUGAACUGGAGAGCUAAUUCUUCCCUCACUUAACAACUCUGUCAAUAUUUAUUCAUUUUUGUCAAUCUUUGUACUUCACUUGUGGCCAUGGCCCAUAUGUGAUUAUGUGGGGUUUUUUUUCCCUAAAAUUUUAAGCUAAUCGUUAAGGACAGAUUAGUCCCAAGUUUUAUUAAUUUGAUAGCCUAAUCCAAAAUUCUUCAAGUUUGAACGGUAAUCAAGCUUGUGAUGAGCCUGUUGCAGACAUGGGAUAAAA